GUCAUACCCCAGUUAUUUAGCAUCUUUUCCAGGUAGAUGAUCUAGCCAUGCCCAGGAAGAUAUCUCCUUGCAGCUUGAUGCAGGUGUGCCUGCAAAGUAUUGCUGGAAACAUGGACAAACUGUGGUGCAAGGAUUAUGAGAAGAAUUUUGGGGGCAAAGGCUUGGUCUUAUAUACUCUUGGCCCUUUUGAGUACAUGGAUAAUGAAAUGAUUCAAGGUGUUAUUGACAACUUGACCAAGAGUCAGAGACUGCGACGGAUCCAUCUUGAUCUGUUGAUCACUUCCAGACUGAGACGCCUUCACAUCCAGCUUCCUCCCACCAUACCAAUCAGUCCUGUCAUAAAAAUGGUUGCAUACAGAUGCCAGCAUCUGGUAGAAUUGUCGCUCUUCUUGGGAAGCGGCAAGUGGAGUAGCAAGUCACAGUCAACAAAACAUAGCAGUCUCUUGAUGGAACUAGUCCAAGGUUUACCAAACAUUACGUACCUCAACUUCAGUGAGAGUAGCUGUGGCGAUGAUGUCUUGGCAACAAUUGCUUUGUUUUGCAAGAAAAUCAAGGUUUUGAAAGUCAAGGGCUGCCCAGUAACCGAUUUAGGGCUCAAGAAUUUGUGUUUGGACAGUGAAAAUGACAAAAAGUGCCACUAUUUGCAUACUUUGGAUGUGACGAGGACAGCAGCAACAACCACAGGACUCGCUGAAGUAAUUGACAAAUUGGAAAACUUGCAGUUCUUGUACCAUGAUGACACUGGUUUGCCGUUGUGGCAUCUCAAUGGUUGGGAAUACCAACAGGGAGUAGUUGAGCCAAAGAACAAGAAAUAUAAGUUACAGACUUUGAAGUGUCACUUCCCAGACGAGCAUAUCACUUUCGAUGAAUCCGUUGCCAUGUUUGACAUAUUUUACAGAUAUUGCCCAUUUUUGACAACAGUUUACUUGGUUAAUCCACCAAGUAAUGAAGCACUGUUGUGCUUGUCGAACUUGAGACUUAAAGAUCUUACCUUAGCAUGUGACAGUGGUAGUUCACUGAUCACUUUUAAUGGUGGCAUCUGUCCACUUCUACAGAAGGUUGGUCAUACUCUGGAGAAGUUGGCUUUGGGUGAUAUAAACCGAAUAGAUGUUGGUGUGAUUGGGCUGCACUGUAGAAAUUUGUUGCACCUUCAGCUGGAUUUUUACGAUCUCAGUGAAGUACACUUGGAUUUUACCAGCAGUGAGACACUAGUUUGCCAAAAUGACAUUAAACCGUUCACAAAAAUCCAGAGUAUAAAUUGCCGCAUAGAAGGCAUAAGCAUUGGUGAUUUCUCCUACGUCCUGCAGUCUCUCUUGUCUGGCUGUGCUAGUUUGAAGUCCCUUUCACUACAUCAUUUAGACUCAUUCUCUGACAAUUUGUUACAAGAGGUGUUACUCUGCAAUAAGAUGCAAGAUCUUGAAGAACUGUACUUGACAAGUUGUGACAAUGUCUCCGGUAAUGUGAUUGAAGACCUCCUCAGGAAUGACAACCAGUUGUGUAAAAUGGAAUUGAUCAACUGCAAGCAUGUGUACAGGAGACAUAUUGAGAACAUGUUGAUGUACAUUAAAAGGAAUAAGUUUGAUGUAACAUUAAAGUGGUUAUAGAUCGGCAUACCAGUACAACUGUAUUCAACUGUGAUUCCAACUGUAUUCAGCAUUUAAAGGUAUCAUUCCACUAGAUAAUGUUGGUGCUACUGUUAAAUAUAUUAUGAUAUUUUAUCCCACUGUUAUCAUGACAUGUAUAUGUUACAAUUUUCCAAAUGAUUUAAAAUUAUAAACUUGUGUUUGUAUCAGAAGCUUCUAGAUAAGAAUAAAUAUUCAUACAGAAGAUA